AUGGGUCUCUCUAAGGAGCUCAGUGAAUUCAAGUGUUGUACUGUGAUAGGUUGCCACCUGUGCAAUAAGUCUAUCCCUGAAAUUAUGCUACUAAAUAUUCCAUGGUCAACUGUUAGUGGUAAUAUAACAACAUGGAAGCAACUGGAAACAAUAGCAAGUCACCAACUUUCUGCAGAAUCAAUUGCUAAAGACCUCCAAACUUUGUGAGGCCUUCGAAUUAGCACAAUGGUGAUUUCCAGUGAAAGGAAUUCUUAAGGCAUCAGCAUACCAAGACAUUUUGGACAAUUUCAUACUCCCAACUUUGUGGGAACAGUUUGGGGAUGGCCCCUUC